AUAAUGAGCAAAGUUGUUCUUUUUUCCACUUUAAUGAUAUGGUAAAUCAUCAUUAUCGAUGUAAUUUUUAGCUAAGCUCUUUCACAUAUAUAUAAUUUUUUUUCUAUUUUGCAAAUGAAAAACAACCUGAAGCUCAAAAGUUAAAAGUCUUAUUUACAGAGAUAAUUGGUGGUAAAGGGCAAACUAAAUCCUCCAUCUUUUGACUUUGGAAUAACAUUCCCUCCGAAGAACUCAUGUUUGGCCGAAUGAGAAUACCUAAUAAUUCUUACUAUCUAGAGACAUUUUUGGUUUUUUUUUUUUUUACAACUUGUGAAGAAGGCAAGUGGGGACUGCUCCUGGCAUUUAGACCAAGGAUACUACUGAAUAUCCUGCAAUGCAUAGGAUACCCUUCUACAACCAAGAAUUACCCAGCCCUAAAUGUCAGUAGUGCUAAGGUGGAGAAACUCUGCUAUAUAGAUCAUAUUUCACAAAGCUUUAUGCACUGUGAUACUCAGUAAAUAUUCAGUUGGAGGAUUAGUUCAUUCUUAGACUUUUGUACUUUUCAGUUUGUUAAUCAGUGGACUAUAAAAUAUGAGGAGGGAAAAUAUUGGGGUCAAGGGGGAAAAUCAAUGCUAACAGCCUAUUUCAGAAUCACAAGCAGAUUACCUUUUUAAAAAAGUAUUAAAAAAUACUGAACUUUAGUUAAUAUGCAUGCCGAACUGAUGUCUACAACUUACUUUUAAAUACAUCGAAGUAUAAGCAGGAUUGAUGGAGAAGGAUGGAUAGAUACAGUGAAAUGCUACUUAUAGAAUCUAGUGGACUGCCAAAAUCUCCACUUAGGGCAGUUGGAAUCUUCUUUGAUUGUGAAACAUUGGGCAGGAGCUUUGCCAUUGGCUGGCCAAGGAGGGCAUAGAAUGUCUACAUUGUUACACCAUGGAGUUCAAACUUCAGAAGGCUUUGGAUUAAGCAGUAACAUUUACUCUGUAAAUGAUUAUGUCUUCACCUGUCCUCUGUGAUCAUCACAAACUAAUGAAACACCUUUUAGGCCUUAUGAAUUUAGGUCACACUGUUUUCUGGAUGCUCUGGCAGCUCUUACAGGGGCCUGUGAAAAAUGGAACCAAACUCUCUGAGGACUAAAGUCCCAGCUUUCUUAUCUGAUUUGGGGAAGGCUACAUUGAGGGGAAUCAGAAAGUGUCCUCGAUGCGGCACAUACAAUGGAACCCGGGGACUGAGCUGUAAAAACAAGACAUGUGGAACCAUAUUCCGCUAUGGUGCACGGAAGCAGCCUAGUGUUGAAGCUGUCAAAAUCAUAACAGGCUCUGAUCUGCAGGUCUACUCAGUGCGGCAAAGAGACCGGGGCCCUGAUUACCGAUGCUUUGUGGAGCUAGGUGUUUCAGAGACGACAAUCCAGACAGUGGAUGGGACGAUCAUCACUCAGCUGAGCUCUGGACGGUGUUAUGUUCCCUCAUGCCUGAAAGCUGCCACCCAGGGCGUUGUGGAAAACCAGUGCCAGCACAUCAAGCUGGCAGUGAACUGCCAGGCAGAGGCCACUCCUCUGACUCUAAAGAGCUCAGUCCUGAAUGCAAUGCAGGCCUCCCCAGAAACCAAGCAAACUAUCUGGCAGUUGGCCACAGAACCCACAGGUCCCCUUGUACAGAGAAUUACUAAAAACAUUUUGGUGGUGAAAUGCAAGGCAAGCCAGAAACAUAGUUUGGGGUAUUUGCAUACAUCCUUUGUGCAGAAAAUCAGUGCCAAAAGCUUGCCCGAGCGCCGUUUCUUCUGCUCCUGCCAGACUCUGAAAUCGCACAAGUCGAAUGCCUCCAAGGAUGAGGCAGCCCAGAGAUGCAUUCAUUUCUUUGCUUGCAUCUGUGCCUUUGCCAGUGACGAGACAUUGGCUCAGGAAUUCUCAGACUUCCUAAAUUUUGAUUCCAGCGGUCUUAAAGAGAUUAUUGUGCCCCAGUUGGGCUGCCAUUCAGAAUCAACUGUAUCAGCUUGUGAGUCUCCUGCCUCUAAGGCAAAGAAGAGGAGAAAGGAUGAAGUAUCUGGUGCACAGACGAACAGUUCACUGUUGCCUCAAGAUGCAGUGAGCAGUAAUCUAAGAAAAAGUGGCCUGAAAAAGCCUGUGGUUGCUUCUUCAUUAAAAAGGCAGGCUUGUGGUCAGCUGUUAGAUGAGGCACAAGUGACCUUAUCCUUCCAAGACUGGCUGGCUAGUGUCACAGAACGCAUCCACCAGACCAUGCACUAUCAGUUUGAUGGCAAACCAGAGCCACUGGUGUUCCAUAUUCCUCAGUCCUUUUUUGAUGCCUUGCAACAGAGAAUAUCUAUAGGAAGUACAAAAAAACGGCUUCCCAACUCCACCACAGCUUUUGUUCGAAAAGAUGCCUUGCCACUGGGAACCUUUUCCAAGUAUACCUGGCAUAUCACUAAUAUCCUGCAAGUUAAACAAAUCUUAGAUACCCCUGAGAUGCCCUUGGAAAUUACCCGUAGUUUUAUUCAGAAUCGGGAUGGGACUUAUGAGCUGUUUAAAUGCCCUAAAGUGGAAGUAGAGAGCAUAGCAGAAACCUAUGGUCGUAUAGAAAAGCAACCAGUGCUUCGACCCUUGGAACUAAAAACUUUUCUCAAAGUUGGCAACACUUCUCCAGAUCAAAAGGAACCAACACCUUUCAUCAUUGAGUGGAUCCCAGACAUCCUUCCCCAAUCUAAGAUUGGUGAGCUGAGGAUCAAGUUUGAGUAUGGUCACCACCGGAACGGACAUGUGGCAGAGUACCAAGACCAGCGGCCCCCUCUGGACCAGUCCUUGGAAUUGGCCCCUCUGACCACCAUCACUUUCCCUUGAGGCAAAACAAAAGUCUUUUGCUGCUAAAUUUGCACAUUCCCACCCCUUGACAACUUUAAAUACUAGUUAGGUACUUAGAUGGCUCUGUUCCUUAGUGAACUGCUUUUAGCCAAGAUGCAAUUUCUCAACGCAUUCAAGUGGAUUCUGUUAAAGAAAAAUUCUUCUUAUAAAUAGCCUUUUUGGUGCUGCUUUGUAGUCUUCAUUAUAAAUGGGGUGGUAUUUCUGGCUAGAGUUUUUAAAGGAACAAAAAGAAAACCAGCUAAUUUUCCUUCUUAAAAGACUCACAUUAGAGUGUUUCAACCUUCUUCUAAUGCUCUAAGUUGUCAGCAGUACUCUGCCUUACACUAACAAUGCUGGAAGGUUAAUAAUACUCCUGGUUAGGGCAGAAUGUUAAGGACCGUCCUGGCAGAGUUCCAGUUAUGCCCUUUUAUUGUUAUCAAAUAAAGCACAGUGCCACUAGUUUUUCCCAAUUAUAUCUCAUGUUGGCCUGAUUAUAAAAUUAUAAACCUUUUGUGUGGAUUUAGGUGAUAGUGAAAUAGGAAAAAGAAGUCCAGGUGUCAAGGGAAUAAUUAUAAGUGAAACUAAUGCUUAUAAUUGCUUAUUCACUUGAUAUUUAUUUUCUUCUUUAUUCUCCAAAAAGUUUAACAUCUGGUAAAAUUCAGUUCCUACUUAUGAGUUCGUUGACACAGAAGCGGAAGCCUGUUUUCAAGGAGGGAAGGGAAUGAACAUUUCCUAUGUGCCAGGUACUUUUAUUUACAUACCUACUUAUUCAUUUUCCUCAUUUAGUCCUCAUUCUUUGACUUUAGGCAUUACCCCUUCUUUUAUAAAGUUAAAGAAACAGCCUAUCUGAGGUUAAGCAUCUUGCUGGAAACAGCAUUAAAAAUAAUGUUUCAUUUUA